AAUUGAAUCCGCUAUGUUGCAUACACACGCACCACCGCCGCACUCCGCUGCAACAGUUGCCACUGUCAACACGGGGCAGCAACUGUUGCAACCGACACAGAGACAUGGACAUGCAACAAAUGGCAGCCACGACGAUCUCAACUUCACCUCCUUCGGGGAGCUGUGUCGCCUGUGCGUCAUCCACCGGGGACCGGCCAAGAUCCACCUCUUCGCGGAGGAGGCCAUGCAGCGGCAGCUGCUCCACAAGCUCCGCAGCCUGCUGCUGGCGCACGUCGCCGAGGAGGACCUCCUGCCCCAGUACAUCUGUGACCGGUGCCUGGCCACGCUGGAGCACCUUCACGAGUGGCGCCAGAUCUGCCUGAACAACGAGCUGACGCUGCGGAAGUAUGCCACUGCCAUGCGUGCGGCGAGAAGCACGCUACACUUUCAGGACGGCGCCGUUAACAUGGACAAGAUGACGGUCGCCCAGAAGAACGCAUAUCUAGAGGCCCAUAUGGCCGUACAGCAGCAGAUGGCCCAGGCGGCCAUCCAGUUCAAGCAGCAGCAAUCCUCCCAGCAGCAGAACUCCCCCAGCAACAACAAUCAGAAUAACGGCAUGCAACAGCAGCAGCAGCAACAGCACUACGCGGCCACCAUAAAGGUGCCCCAGAUCAGUUCCUCGAGCGUGGCCGCCGCCGCGGCAGGCGGUGAGAGCACCUUCACGGUGCCGGACGACGGGAUGGGCUUCGAGGGGGGCGUCCGCGUGCUGCAGAGCCUGGGCACCUGGUCGGCGGCGGAGCAGCUCACCUACAACAUACCCAAGCCAAACCUCAUACCAUUCACCGAGCCGUAUGUGGAGGGCGGCUCCAUGCAUCCGGCCAGCCGGCUCAAGGCGCUGCAGCAGGUGCAGCAGGCCUCCUCCGGCGUUCGCAAGACGAAUCCCUCGAAGUCCACAAACAAGGCGUUCGAGUGCACAGUCUGCGGCAAGGGCCUGGCCCGCAAGGACAAGCUCACCAUCCACAUGCGCAUCCACACCGGCGAGAAGCCCUAUAUUUGUGAAGUGUGCAAUAAGGCGUUCGCGCGGCGGGACAAGCUGGUGAUCCACAUGAAUAAGUUCAAGCACGUGACCCCCACGAACAUUGCGCCGCUGGGCAAGCGGCUGAACAACAUGGUGAAGAAGAAGGAGCAGCCCGACCCGCCGCCGGAGGACAACAAACAGAGCCUGGAGCUGCAGCUGCAGCAGCAGGCCGUGCAGGUGGCCGCCCAGAACAUCAUUGUGCAGUCGGCCCAGGGGGCGCCGACGGCCAUUCCCGGCAUCAUCAUACCACACCACGGCCAGCAGCAGCUCUCGUGGACCUGCGAGCUCUGCGGGCGGAUGUUCUCGAGCCGGGACGAGUGGUCCAUCCAUGCCAAGAGUCAUCUGGAGUAUUGACAACCGGAACGGGUAGUCGUAGAGUCAACAAAACCAGCGGCAGCGGCGGCGGCCGGAGUAAUUGCUAAGGGGAACCGUGGCUACCAGAUGGACGCCAAUCAAAACCAGGUCCAGAUGGAGGCCCAUGCACACGCACGCAAGCAGAAGAUAAUCAUACAAAAUCAGAUGAUCCUCAAUGCCAGCCAUCAGCAGAGUCAGCAGCAGCAGCAGCAGCAACAGCAACAUCAGCAGCAACAGCAGCAGCAACAUCAGCACCAGCAACAUCAACAGCAGCAGCAGCAUCAGCAGAUUCACCAGCAUGUUGCACAUGGCAAGAAGGCGGCCAGAAAGCAUCACCAGCAGCAACAGCAACAGCAACAACAGCAACAACAACAGCAGCACUUGCAGCAGGCCCCCACCAGUGCGCCUAUGUACAAUACCAGUAGUAGUAGCAACCAGAACCAGAACCAGAACCACAACCAGAACCACAGUCACAACAGUCACAACCACAACCAGAACGGCGGCGGCAGCAACGGCACACAGCAGCAGGGCCAAGAACAGGUGUCGGUGCCGGUGUCGCACAUCAUUGCCAAUUCUCCGACGGCGGCCACCUACAUGCAGGCCCAGCUGAGCGGCCUGCAUGCCACCAACAGCAUCGAGCCCGGCAAUAUGAGCGGCAUGCCCAUCGUCACCUACAACGGCAAUCAGUACUGCGUCAUCACCCGGGCCCCCGAGGAGCAGAAGUCCCUGGAAUAUGGACAGGGCGGCGAUCCAGCCGCCGCUGGAGGCACCACCAACAUAAUUGUAAUGUCGCCGAUGCAACUGCUGCCCCAGCAGCAGCAGCAGCAGCAACAACAGCAACAACAACAGCAGCAAUAAACGGAAUGAGGCAGGGCUGGGCACGGAUUCGAUCAGUUAAUGGCACCGACUCAUAACUGGAGAAAGGCAAGGCUCAUGAGCCCCCAUGGGGAAAGUGCCAGCCCCGCUCGCGUUUCCUGCAAAGCCGCUUCAAAAUACCAAUUGUAAAUAGAGUCUUAAGCAACCGAAAAGCGAACCUAAGUAUAUGUUUAACAAUACAAGUAGAAAGAAAGUCCCCUCCCUUCAGACAAAGAAAGCGACGCCGGAGCGAAGUAGAGAAUGAAGUUUUGUAAAUGUCAGAGUUAGACCCCACUCCACGCCCACGCCCACGCCCACGCCACUACCCAGCAGAGCAGAGCAGAGCACACCACUCACUUAAGUCAAAUCAAAUCAAAUCAAAAAUGUAUACAGUCUCACUCGAGUCUAGUCUAAGCAACCUUACAUAUCCCCCACCCAUACCGUACCGUACCGUACCGUACCCAUAUACCAUAUACCAUAAGACAGCCACCACACUGAGAUAAAUAUCAUUUUGAUCCACAGCAGAAGCAGCAGCAGGAGCAGCUCCUCCUCAAGAAUAACCCAAUCGAGAUACUAUCCGUAUGUAAUCCGCGUGUAUGAUAUUGUAUGUGUUUCUAUGGCAUUGUUUGUACAUUAAGCUAAUUACGAUACUACAUUUACGUCUUCUAAAACAAGAUAAAGAUAACGAUAGAAAGAGAGAGGUAGGUAGAGAGAGGGAGAGAGAGAGAGAUCAUGGGGCAAAGGAGGGGAAUUAUUACAAAGUAGUCUAGUAGUGUCCCACACACCCACACACACACCCGUCUCCUCCCUCGGCAUUCAAUGGCAACCAUGUGAAAAGAUCAAGCGAAAAUAAAUUUAAUUAAAUUAAAUACAAAAUCUA